CGCAAUCUAAAUCCUCACUCUCACUCUUCAACGGACCGGAAGGCUUUGCUCUGCAAUUGUUGUUUCGAUGCGGCCCUAGCUUCACUGCGUAAAGAAGCUUACUAGUGAGUAGCGGCCGCUGCCACGCCCGCAAAUCGUAUUAAAUUUAGCCUUUGUUUCGCCGAGGAGAAAAAUAAUUGGAGCUGGCUGCGGCCGAAAUCGAAUGUUCUAGCAAUCGCUAUCUCAACACAACACACUUCAUCGGAAGAUGGUUGAUGGCAUGUCGCGAGAAUGGCACGACGAAGUCUACUGUUUAGUAAGAAACGAAGCUCAAAAGCAGCUAUAGGAAAAAAGAGGAAAGCAGAUGAAGAGCAACAGCAACCAUGUAGCACCAAGCGAGUUAGGAAUGUCCGUCUCCCAGACGAAGAAGAGGAGGUUGGGGACUUCAUUGUCGUGGAUACUGGGACACUCUUCGAGCCUGAACACUCAAGGCAACACUUUAGUCUUGACAAAGAAAAUGAUUCUAUACCAACACCUCGAACACCAGAGACCCCGCUACCCUCGAUCGAGGUUAUUGAUGAAGAAGGCGAGGUCGUCGUGAAGGCGACCCCUGAAAUUUCAAGCCCUGACUCCGUUGAGGCACAUCGAGCAAGGGAACUCCCAUUAAGGUUGCCAUCGACUCCAUCGGAAGCGUCUGAAGACAGCAGAUGUCGGGAACGAAGCCUCGAUCAGCCUGAGGACCAUAUCCCUUCCGGCUCUAAGCAUGACCCGAUUGUCCUCUCGCCACUUCUCACAAUUGACAAAGAAAGUCCACGAAGCCCUAUAGUCGGACCGCCCUCAGACGAGAUCGAUUCUUCCAUCUCUACUCCUUUAGAAACAGUAUUUGGGCACGAUGCACAGGUACCUUGCGUUUCUGAAGAUACUCAAACUGAUUAUCAAUCUCUAAAUCUGCCCCCGGCCCCUCAAGAGCAUUCGCCCCUUGAUGUCCCCGUUAUACAACCUUCUUGCCCCAGCGCUUUUGGCAUGACUGCCCCCAGUAAUACUCAACACAAUGAGCGACUUCCGAUCAAAAUCUCGGCCCCCGGAAGGUUUGGAGAUGCUCCAAGAGGAGUUCUAGUAACGAGAGGAGAUCAGUGUCCAUCCAAAUUUGUUGUAUCUGGAAUCACCUCAGAUUCGGAAGCAGAUCAACGGGUAUCAAAUCUAAGUGAAUGUGAAGCUCGCAGUGGAAUCACAUGGUUCGAAACUGUCACGGAAUCUAGAACCGAUAACUCCCUUGAGCUGUCAGCAUCAGAAAGAUUCCGACCAGCAGAAGUAGGAACUACUAUUGAGGGUGGCCAGGGAAUAUCAACAGUGUUGCAAGCUGCUUCUGAGCCAACAUGCCGAGAUUCGUCGAAGACAAUUGGUGCUAUGGACCCACCAAGUCAGCCGAGUCUCAGCGAGGAGCCAGAGCGCCCUAUUCAGUCUAGCGGAACCUGUGAAAUUGUUUUAAGAGGAGGUCCUGAAGCAACACAGGACAUCUUACCAGAGCAAACAGCCACAGAUCAACAAACGAGUCUCUCGGAAGAUGAGAUAGUUGCGAGAAUUCUUCCCCUUCCAGCACAAUAUCCCACAACCUCGUCUGAAAUUACAAGUUUCUCUGGAUGGAAUCUGUUGAAUUCAGCCAUCAAGAAAGGAGCAGAUGACUGGGAGACUACAUUCAGCCGCCCUGUCAAUGCUGUGUCCUCUGGCGUGAGUUUUCAACUUACGUCACAUUCCAAUCCAAAGGCCCUGGAAUCCUCAACGAGGAGUUCUCCCCCAACCCUAAGAUUUACUGCCGACAAUCGAGCUGAAAGUGCCCUCACGACUGUCGAAGUGCAGCAGCUGAUCCAAACCUUCGUAAGAGGCGCUUUCGCUAUUUUACCAAAAGGCAAAACAUACCCUGCAGGAAUUAUCCUAUGGCAAUCACUACAGAAGUUUCACAGAUGGUAUAUCAAAGAGGAGGAACUUAAAGCAGAAUCCAAGCCAAGAUCCUCUGCAACAACAACGAUGAAAUUUGAACUGUUGGAUGUUCACUGGCAGCCCGAGAAUGUCUUUUAUCUUCCAAGCAAAGCGACGGGGGACGAGUUCAGGGAGUUGAAACAAUGCAUCUGGGAUCUCUUCUGGGUAUCAUCAAACUUGAGGGGCGCUGAAAAUCCAAAGCAGUUCAGGAUAUUGAUCACCCGGGCUGCGGAUAUGGUGGAUGGUGCAAAGCUUGGUCAUUUGACGACAGCGUCGUCACCGACUUCUACUGAAUUGUCCUCCCCUUUCGGUGGUCAGCCAUCUUCGCACUCGACCUUUGGCAAUAUGGCUAAAAAUGUUCAAGAGCUGGACCCGAGCAAUACACAUCAUCGCCAUCGGGUUCCUGUUUCUCGUCCUCCAUCGUUGACUGGUGAUUCUUCUCAGGUGACUCUUGAGGUUGAAGGAGCUAAGACGCCUCAAUUUUUACGGGACUUUCUUCAGAAGAACAGACACUAUUCUGAGACGAGUCAACCUCCGCCUAUGCAAUCUUCGCCAACAAGACCAGAAAGCAAUGGAAAGUCUGCUGUACAGACAGAACUACUCCAUCCACCUCUUGUCAGGCCAGAGUGCAACAUGACCGCAGCCUUCCAGCCACACCCAUCUUCUCGGACCCCAAUAACACCUGGCCCCGCCAAUAACCUACAACCGCGGCCCAAUUUACCUCCUCCUCGAUCCUUUGGAGAUGCUAAGCCCGCAUCUUCGGGCUCCCAACCUGAAUCGCUCUCUUUCCAGGACGCCCGGUUUACUAGAACUGCACAAGUCCCAUCUCCCCAUCCGUCUCCCGUUAUGGCAGAUACAUGGCAAACGGAAAUAUUAACACCCCAGCCCGCAGUAGCUGACAGCAGUUAUGCUGCAAACACAGCUCGACCUAUGUUCUCAGCACAACCUCAAAAAGACUCUAUUGCACCACCGGCUAUACUACCAUCCGCCCAACAUGCCCGAACUCACAACACUGCUCAACCAGCUCCCAAUGUCCCAAUCGCACCGCGGCCAAUACAAGACAAGGGCAAAGAAGCACAGACAGAGACUUCUCCUGCAACCUCUCAGACUUCAAGAACUCCGCGAGAGAAAAAGAGGUUCAGAGAUAAGGCUAUGCAAAUGAUCAGCGGACGAAAUAAUAUAGAACUUGAUGCCGACGAAACAACCGGAGGACGCAAAAGAACCUACCCCGAAAUCAUCGGCGUGAUCAUCGACAAAAACAGCGAAAUGGGGCUUGUGGUUAUCACCGAGCGUGGUUACACAGUUAGCCAAGUCAAUACAGGCCAAGACGUGGAUUUUGACCAAUACACCGAGCUGACACUCCGAGAAGGCCAAGCUUGUGUAAUUCAUGGAAGUUCGACGGUGUUCUAUUACAAGCAGCGAAGCCGGGCCCUUCAGCAGAAUCGCCAAAGUCCUCCUCGGAGGCCACUGCCAAGUCAAGCACCGCAAACCAUCAGAAACCAACUUCACGACCCUUCUGUCCUUGCACCACCAAGGCAAGCAGUCCCAACUUCAGAAGAAAGCCAGCAAGAAAGGACGGAUCUUCAACCAUCCACAGCCGAGAUCAAAAUCCGCGUGCAGAGAGAUAGGCAUGGACGCUUCACCGGACCGCACGAAUUCGAGGUCUUCACUCUCACAGUCAACCUUCAAGGCUUCUUCUGGUGGUUCUCAAAGCGGACGGGACGGGGAGGAGAGCUUGGGCCGGAGAGAUUGAGGAUCAUUUUGAAAGAUGCGAUGCCGGCCGCGAAGACGUUCGAUGUGUACAGAGGACAUUUCGAGGCAGGGUUUGAGGAGAAAUUUCGGAGGAUGAAGGAGAAUAUUUUGGUUGAGUGUGAAAGGACGAAGGCUUUUAUGCCAGAGUUGAAGGAAUUCUCAGUUUUGGUUGUGGAUCCCACUUGGAAGGGGGAGCUGGAUUGAUAUUGGACGGUAAAUACCCGGUACAUUUGAAAAAGGGAGGAAUAGUGAGCGAAUGAUUUAUGCAUGUGAUCUAUGACGAUUUUACUAAUUUCGCAUUGAAAAAUGUACCGCGGGGACCUUUCAAUAGAGGUGUGAAUUCCAUGUAAACUAUUGUUCUCAACUUCCCCGUACAAUGUCAUAUCCCUAGAACGGCUGGUUGAACCAGUCUUCUUGCAUUUUCCG